UCCUCUGCCUUUACGGUCCGCUGAACCCUUAAAUGUGUAGCUAACCACUGCGUAAACAACAACAACAACAACAACAACAACCCUGGCACACAACAGCAACAACUACAAAGAGGACCCGUAUUUUAUACAACACAUCCAGCCGCGCGGAUUCACGCCCUCCGCUGUGCAAAAAAAAAAAACAACAACAAAAAAAGUGGUUUUAAACCGCGGAACCGGUAGAGAAAGUGUCCUCCUGUCCUGUUUUGUGAGCCCUGCGGACGGCACCAUGUCAAACACAGAGGGGGGUCUGCCGUACGAGCCUGUAAAACUUUAUUAAUAAAGGAAUUAGCUUCAGGGGGAGAGAUGCCUGCUUUUAUUCUCCCACCCGCUCAUCUCCUAAACGGUUGAACGGGAUUUGUGGGCUGAGCGGCCGCUGCCGUUGUCCAUGCGGGCUCUUCUACUCUCCGUGGAUGGUGCGUAAUAAUAUCAUCUGGAGAGGCCGAGGCCACCAUUUUACCCCGGUCCGGAGGAGCCUUAACUCCGAGGGGACAUCCGAGGACACGCUAUAAGGCUGGGAGGCUGAGAGCUGCAGGCUGCGACAUGUGAAAAGAGCUCCACCUUUUGACCCUCUCAACUCUCAACCUUAGCAGAACUCACUUGAACUGACGUUGUGACUGCGACCUGACACCCUCACGCCUCGGGCAUGCCUCAGCCGGGUAUGAAUGGGAUGGAGCCUGCGUUUGGCGAGGCCUACGGGGGACACAGGGGUCUGCUGAGCCCCUACCCUCUGGCCAUGUCGCCACAAGGGGGCAGGACUGAGUACGACCAGAGCGUGCUCCUCAUGCUGGGCUCCCCGGCAUCGCCAAGGAAACGGCCCUUUGAGUUGCUAAGCGACCUGGUGGACGACGGAGGCUUCGGCGAGGACCUGCACCCGGAGCGCUGGGACGUGUCUGCGCUGGACGAGAUGGCUCGCUACACCAAGCUGGGCCUCGGGGUGGGAGGGGAGCUGCUGGCCUGCUCAGAGGAGGCCGUCCUGAUGGGUCGCUGGGGGAGAAGCUGGGAGGAGCAGGAGGAGGAAGAGGAAGAGGAGAGGAGGAGGAGGAACAGACACACGGCACCUCCCUUCACCCAGGAAGUCCAGGCCACUGCUGCAGGGAGGGAGGAGGGGCGUAUCUCUGUUGCCACGACCACACAGAGGGAGUUAUGUGUUGCAGGAAGAGGGGCUGGAGGAGGACAGGAUGGGGAGAUGUCGAGGGAGCGUGCAGUUGAGGUGUAUCAGGUGGCACAGGAGGAAGAGGAGGUGGCGGCGGCAGCAGUGGCUGCAGGUUUGGCUCUGGAGCACUGCAGCGAGGAGCACAACUACUCCCUGAGCCAGGGAGAGGAGCUCGGGGCGGGGCCCGGUCACAACUCCCAGACAGAGGGGGUGCGGGUGGGGGAGACACAGCAGGAGGUGCAGGGCAGGGAGGAGAACCAGGCCAAGACUGAGCUAGAUCUGGAGGACGAGGAGCAGGAGGAAGAGGAGGAAGAGGAAGAAGAGGAGGAGGAGGAGGAGGAGGAAGAGGAGGAAGAAGAAGGAGAGGAGGGAGCGGAGGAGACGACAGUGGAAGCUGAACUCUCCACCUCCUCGGAAACGGAAUGUGAAGUGGAGGCUGAGACCGUGAGGCAGCCAGGCGAGCGCCCGGCGAAGCGUCGCUGUUUCUGGGAGUACCGACGUGCUCGAGAGUCGGCCACAAAGAAGAAGCUGGGCGGAGACAUUCACUGGUCUCUGUCCUGGAGCUCCAGCACUCUACCCAGCACACUGUACCGCCGAGAGGGCAAAAAAGGGCGGCGCAAAGCUCGCAAGACAGACGCCAGUGACUUGACGCCAAACCCCCAGAAGCUCCACAACAUCGGGGAGCAGCUGCAGAAGCUCAACGUUGCCAUCGACGGCAUGGGUCCAGUCAACGAUCUGCCCGCAGUGGCCCGAGCCCGGUCCCGUAAGGAGAAGAACAAGCUGGCCUCCAGGGCCUGCCGGCUGAAGAAGAAGGCCCAGCACGAAGCUAACAAGAUCAAGCUGUGGGGGCUCAACCAGGAGUAUGAGAACCUGUUGGGAGCUCUGCUGCGGAUCAAGGAGGUGAUCCGACUGCGGGUGGAGAGCAGCGAGGAAGAGGACACGGACGAGCGAGGGAUGACCCAACGCCUGGAAGACAUCCUCCGAGAGUCCAGCGGUCCUUUAGUUGCCGGGCGGACCAAAGACUUUGUGCAGAGGAUUUUGGCAGCCAGCGCAGGAGGUCAGAACCAGCGCAAAGACCCCGUGCAGGGACAUGAUGAGGCGACAGGCUAAACUCACCCAGCACCCCCCCCUCCUCCGCCCUCUUCCAUGCCUUCCCCUCCCAGCACCACCAACCAACCUGACCUGACCAAGCUUCUCUACACUGCCUCCACUCUCACGUUGUUCACAUUUGAGUAAGAGAUGAAGAGGUGGAGAUGCUGGGAAAGAAGAAGAAGAAGAGGAGGAGGAGGAAGGAGAAACCAAAUGGGAGUAAAUGGCCACCCUGCUCCCUCCUCUCCUGUUGGCCCUCCAAACAGCAGCCGUCUUCACCGCUCUGUCUCUGCAGGCUGCACCACAACCACCACCAGGCCAGAGCUGCUGCUGCUGACGUCUCUGUAUUCUGUGUUCUGUCUGUGUUGGUGUGUGCGUGCAUAUGUGUGCGUGCGUGUGUGCGUGUUGGACAUGUAACAUACUGUAUGAGUGUGUAUAGUGUUCCUCUCUCCCUCUGUGUGCUGUAUUUGUAUCCCAGUGUGCCUAUGAAUAGACAUUGCACUGUUUUGUAGAUGGUCGUAGUUGCCGGCAGGGGACCGGUAGUGAGCCGAGGGCGAGGGGGCAUUUGAGGAUAGAGGAAGUACUAAAAAAAUAAGGAAGUGGGAGGACGAAGUGGGUGUGUGUUUUUUUUUGUUUGGCCGAGCUCCUAUAGAAGCACUGCAUACCAUUCGGAUUGCAUCGGCAGCUGAAAUGUCAGUAAGCGUUGUGACACACAACAAGCGAUGGAGUCCUGAUGCCAUACCAGCUGUUGAUGGAAACAACAGCCUGUUUGUUGUGGAAAAGUCCUUGGAGCUUUAAUACCCCCUUUAACAGCCCUUCACCCCAUCAAAAUGUAAGCAAAGUUUAAAAAUGAAAGAGAAAACUGCACCUUAAUUCAAACUGACCAAAGAUAACUGAUACUGCUGAACCACACGGACACCAAAACCUCUCACUGCUUCAGAUGCUGCCAACCAUUAACCAUCAUUUUGUUUUGGGAAGUGAGAGAUAAGUGAUAAGUGAAUAUUUUGAUUAUUGUCAUGUUUACCCACAUGCAUCCUUAAAGGACGAAGUUACUGAACGGACUUUAAUUCCCCUCACCUAAAUGCACUACUAUCGUGGACCUGAGAGACCGUGGUGUGACAGACAGGAAAUGACUGACAGUUUAUUUGGUCAGCCUUUUAGCUCUGCAGCUUGGUGCUCCUUUAGCUUAUCUGCAGUGGCUUUAUUUUUACCCACAAAAGGGAAGUGUCCUCAAUGCUUUCCUCAAGCCCUCUCCUCAACCCCUGACCUGAUUAUGUAGCGCACCUUCCUGAAUUGCAAUGACAAAUAGAGAAAAACACUUGUAGAUCUAGAAAGCAAAUAUGUUUGAUUUGUUUUUAUUAUGAUUUUAUUGUCAUUUGGCAAUGCCACAGCCCACAUAGUGGGUGUGAGUCGUGAGAGUUUUGAAAUCUGCCUUUCUUCUGUGGUCUUUGCUGAAGCUGAAGACCAACCUGUCCAAGGUCUCUAAGUGUGGACAUAAAAAAAAAAAAAAAAAAAGGACCCUUUGAAUUGCACUGUGGUAAAAGCAACUAAGCACCUUCGAAGAGGGCUUCAAAUCCUCCAAAAGAGAAGAAUUCUUGGCACCUUUGUCUAAAGACAGAUAUUGACUGAGAGACUUGUCAGGCGCUCAGCGCUUUUUGACGGACUGGUGGUCUCGGUUUGUUUCAAUAUGGUGCUACUGUGUGAUGAAAAAUAAAGAGCAAUGCAAACCUGAGCGGAGGCAUCAGGUAGUAA